CGUUUUCUAUUUAACGGAAACGUUAUAAAAAAAAACAAUUCCUAUUUUUCUCUAUUUAUCCUCCGCCGCUGUUCCGUCAUUCAGCCAGGUUUCUUCCUUCUCUCUCACAGCCGGUGGCGACCAACUACCGCCGCACCAACCCCACUCUGUUGUCGGUCGUCGGAGAACCCCUGUAUCAAUUUUCUUUCUCCUUCUCUUAUUUCACUUUCUACUCUAACCUCACUCCUCAACCUGCCAUUUGUCAAUUUCCCUACUUUUCUCGUUUUUGCCCGUCUCCGAUUCUCACUCUUUCUUCUUCGCCCCGUUCGCCUCGUCAAGGAAUCAUGUUUUGAAUUCUUAAGCAGUUUCAACUGAAUUUCUAUUAUUAACAUGGCGAGGAAGAAGGGAAAUACGAAGAGGGGAUCGUCCAACCCCACAUCCGGUCCUCAAAAUUCCAUCACUCUUAGACAGGAAGCUACUGGGAAAAUCAAACCUAAAGUAUCUAACAAUGCCAAAGUUUAUUUGAAUCAUUUAGAAAAUUUAGCGACUUGGGCUAGUGGGCAACCCUCUUUACCUUCAUUGGCUGCUUUCUUUGGACAACGUCUCGCUGCUGCAGCCGAGUCUUUGGCGGUUACUCCUGACCCUUCUCUAUUUCUCUGCGCGAGGUGUGAAACAGUUCUCCAACCUGGUUCUAACUGCUACAUACGAAUAGAGAAAAAUAAUGCCAAGAAACGUCGAAGACACAAAAAAGCCAGUAAUGUGACACAGAAUGUAGUGGCGUAUUAUUGCCACUACUGCUCAUGUAGGAACAUAAAGAGAGGGACUCCCAAAGGCCAUAUGAAAGUGCUUUAUGGGACAGAGUGUGUAAGCAAGGUAAAAUCUGUGGUUGUCAAGGAUGGUAAAGAAUGUGAAAACAAGAUUCUUACCAUGGAUGCUCCUACAACUCCUCCUCUUACAACUGUAGACUGUCUAACUAUGGAUACUCCUGCAAUUCCUUCUUUGUCAACAACUAGGGACGAUGUAGCCGUUGAUACUACUGCAGUUCCUCCAACUGAGGUCAUUUCUGUUGAUGAUGGCCCUGCUAUUUCGUCUCCUAGAACAACUCCUGCAAUUCCUUCCACCUCCAGCGUAACAAGUAUGUCAAGAUCGCAAGUUAGGGACAUUCCUACUUUAGAUGCUCCUGCCACUCCUCUCACCUUGACUGCAAUGACUCUGUUGGAUUCAAAGAGGAGAAAGAGGAAGAAACCGUCGUCUAAGAAUCGAACUGAACCUGAAAGUGGUUCUGCUCCAACAUCACAUGGGGAAAAAAGCGAAGACACAUCCAAAAGGAAGCGUAAUAGAAAAUCAUGGACAAGUUUGAAGGAAAUUGCUCAAAGGGAGGAGGAGAAAGGUAAACAAAACGUGGCUGGAUUGGCAAUCCCAUUUUCCCUGUAAAAGACCAAAUAACCAAAUUGUUUUGUAGGCGUUUCUCCCAACAAGGAAUUAAUUUUAUUUUAUA